GUCCCCAGACUAUCUCAACUAAAUAUUUAACAGUCCUAACCAGAUUUUGAACAACCCCCAUUCAGUUUUCACAACAUAGGACCUUUGUCUAUGAUCAUCUACCAUGGAAUCUCAUGGUGAAGUAGACCUAAGGAGCUUCAUGGAUGAAGAAAGGAAGAACAUCAAUUUACCUAGGAGACUCUCUUUUGGUGCUCAUCAAAAUUCAGCUGAGCCUAGAAUGCUGUUUACUUCUCCAAGGCCAUCUUCUGCUUCAGCAACAUCAAUCCCAAUACGACCAAUGAGCCCAGAGACACCAUGGACACUCUCCCCGGUGCGAACAUCUCCCACUCAACCUCUUCUUUAUCAUUGCAUAGCCUCUCUCCAUCGCCAUGAAGGUAACAUUUUCUCUAUCACACUCACAAAAGAUUUUAUAUUCACUGGCUCUGAAAGUAAACGCAUCCAUGUCUGGAAGCAACCAGACUGCACUGAAAUGGGUUACAUAAGGGCUAAUUCUGGUCAAGUUCGUGCCAUCUUGGCUAGUGGAAGAAUGCUAUUUACCACACAUAGUGACUGCAAAAUUCGCGUAUGGAAUGUGUCGAUCACAGACAAUUUUCGACCAAAGAAGAUCACUACCUUGCCUCAAAGAAAAUCAUUCUUCUUGUUUCCAAGAAAGAGCACACUCCAACACAGAAACAUUAUUUCUUGCCUAGCAUACAACCAUGAAGAAAAGCUGUUAUAUACAGGUUCAUGGGACAGAACAGUUAAGGCCUGGAAUAUCUCUGAAAAGCAUUGUGUGGAUUCAUUUGUGGCUCAUGAUGGUCAUGUCAACGCAAUUGUUAUCAAUGAACAUGAUGGGUGUGUUUUCACCUGCUCCUCCGAUGGUUCAGUGAAGAUAUGGAGAAGGGUGUUUGGUGAAAGCUCUCAUAUUCUCACCAUGACACUAAAGUUUCAACUUUCACCAGUUAAUGCCUUGGCUUUGAGCCUGUCACAAAGCACUUGCUUGCUCUACUCUGGCUCCUCAGAUGGGCUUAUAAACUUUUGGGAGAAGGAAAAGAUGUCUGGGAGAUAUAACCAUGGAGGGUUUUUACAAGGUCAUCAUUUUGCUAUUCUUUGCUUAAUAGCCAUAGGUGACUUAGUCUUUAGUGGUUCCGAGGAUUCAACAAUCAGGAUAUGGAGGAGAGAGGAAGGAAAUUGCUUACAUUCAUGUCUUUCAGUCAUUGAAGGACAUCAUGGGCCAGUGAGAUGCUUAGCUGCUUCUUUAGAGUCAGAUAAUGUGGUUAAGAGUUUGUUGAUUUAUAGUGCUAGCUUGGAUCAAACUUUUAAGGUAUGGAGGGUCAAAAUUUAUCCCACUGAGAAGGCAAACUUGGAGGACCCAGUGAAAGAUCAGCAAAGAGAAGCUGUGGAGUUUGAGAUGAGUCCAGUUCUAUCACCAUCAUGGGUAGAGAAGAAGCUUCAAGGAGAUCAUUUUCAGUAGGAGAGGCAGUAGCUGGAAACAAUCCAGACCAUGUAAGGUUUAGUUUAGUAUGAUUUUGUGGUUAAUAAAAUUGAAUCUAAUUUGUUUUCUAGUUACAAAAUCUCCUUUCUAUUUAACCCACCAGCCCAGUUUAGCUGUUCCACCCAACUUGUAGUAAUGAAUUUUGAAGAGGUUCAAUUAAGAGGCUUUUAAGUUUUAACUAGUUUUUUCUGGGAUUGUCCAUGUGCACUCACCAGCUGCACCGGUAAUAAAUAAAAAUUUGGGACCAACUUUUGUAAAAUAGAGAAAUUUGG